AUGUCUUACAACGGCCGUCGCGGACCCAACGUGUCGCAGUACAUCGCCGGCCUCAACACGAUCCAGCCCGUCGAGGACCUGCCCGACCCGCUGCUCAACAUGGACGAGGACAUGGCGCUGUUCACCAACACCGAGUUCAUCGACUGGGACCACGGCAGCCUCGACGUGCCGCAGCCGCUGGACUACGACCCCGUCGCAGAGCAGCGCGCCCGCCGGAUGAAUGCGUCGCGCGGCAGCUACAGCAGCGCCACCAAGGAGUUUGGCGCUGCCAGCAAGCCCGAGUUCCUCAACAGCGACUUCCAAUUCCAAGACUUUUCCGGCUUCAACAGCUCCAUCACCGACCCCCAAUUGCCCAACCUGUCGCAGAACACGCCCGCCGGCUAUCCGCUCGCCUCCUACGGGUCGCCCGUCUCCAACUCGGCCUCGCCCGUGUCGCCGCAGUUUGGCCCCGGGCCUGGUGAGAAGCGCAAGCUCGACGCUAUCACAGACCCUAACGGCGCAUCAGGCGAAGAACCAACCCGCGUCGCCGCCGAGGAGGACAAGCGCCGCCGCAACACGGCCGCCAGCGCCCGCUUCCGCGUCAAGAAGAAGCAGCGUGAGCAGGCCCUCGAGAAGACCGCCAAGGACAUGACCGACAAGGUCGGCGUGCUGGAAACCAAGAUCACACAGCUCGAGAUGGAGAACAAGUGGCUUAAGAGCCUCAUCACGGAGAAGAACGAGAGCUCGGCCGAUGUCAGCGCCAUGUUCAAGAAGUUUCAGCAGACCCAGGAGACAGCAGGCGAGCGGAGUACCGGCCAACGCACCGACGGCGUGGGCACCGGCGCCGACCACAAGCAAAAGGCCAAGGCCUAA